CUUUCCCGUCGGCACUGCUUCAGUCGGUAACCAAAAAUUGUCUUGCGUGGGUCUUAAAGUGGGUCCCUGUGGGUCACCUAACGUUCAAACGCACCUAAAACAAGUUAUAACUUUCUAAGCACCAGAAAAAUGAAAUCGCUAGUGGUGUUGUCCGCGCUUUUGUUGGUGGCGGUUUGCUACGCAGCGCCUGGCGAAGAGAAAAAGGAAGAAACGAAGGAGAGCACCGAAGCCGCUCCCGCCGAAAGACCCAAGACGUUCAAGAGGCUCAUCCCCGCUGACGUUUUGAGAGAUUUCCCGGGCAUGUGCUUCGCUUCCACCAAAUGCGCUACUGUUGAGCCGGGAAAAACCUGGGAGCUCACCCCCUUCUGCGGCCGUUCCACUUGCGUAGUUUCCGAGGACACACCGCCAAGGCUCUUGGAGCUCGUCGAAGACUGCGGACCGCUCCCUCUCGCGAACCCCAAAUGCAAACUCGACGAAGAAAAAACCAACAAGACCGCGGAAUUCCCCAACUGCUGCCCCGCGUUCAAAUGCGAGGAGGGUGCGAAACUAGAGUAUCCCGAGAUCCCGACAGUGGCGCCGGUUCCGGAAGAAAUCGAAACUACCACCACACCGAAAGCAGCUUAAAUUUCCUCACUCUUGAAACUUGUUAGAAGAAAGUUAAAUCUUUAUUCACCCACAACACCUUUUUCUUAUUAUUUCCUAUUUAUUUUCAGUUUCAUCGACUCGUCUAUUGUCUGUAUUUUAUUUCUCUACUUCUCUUCCUCUCUCUCUUUAUCUUUAUAUUCCUACCUCCUUCCUUGUCAAUAAUUGACUACAUUAUUUUCGUCACAAGACUACUUUCUCAAAUUGAACUGUAAUACAAAUUGUGAUAUGUCGUAUCAAUUUUUAGUGAAGUUUUUUUUUUCAGGCGUAACACCUACUACAUACACACUAUUAUCAUGUAAAUUAUCACGUGGCGUAGUAUUUUUUUUACCAGUGAUCCCAGAAUAAAUUAAUUUAUUAAAUAA